AUGUCUUUGAGUCUUUCUUCCGGCCCUGUCAAACUCGACACCAGUGGCAAUGGCGACGAAUUGCAGCAUUACGAUCAAGUUUGUGCCAUCUCUCAAGCUGCCAUCAACAAAGGCUUUGUAAAGCUUUUCGAGAAGCAGCCGCUUGCAGCACGAUCAAUUCACUGGAGCAAUGAAGAUGUUUUUGAUGGACAAUUGGUAGCUACAAUGCUGCCUCCUCAAAUAGAGCUUGAUGUAGAAUCUGGCGAUAGCUCCAAGUUUACGCUUCAGCUUCGCUUUGAUCAGGGGAGAAUUUUUCUUGGCCAAAAUACCUACCAGACUAUCGAUGGCUGGGUGAUUGCUUUCACGCCACUUUCCUUCGCAGAUUGUCUGAAUACAACAAUCGCAGAUCUUGCUGCGGCGGCCAGUGUGGAAGACACGGAAGACAAUGUAGUCUUUAGAUCUGACAGGCCAACAAAGCUAUGUCCUGGAGAAUACUCAAUCCAUCGCUUGUUUGCUGCUAUUGCUGAUCUCCCCUGGGGUAGCAUCAUAUGGGAGCGCUCGUACAUGAUGCAACCCAGUAGGCAAAAACUUUCCCUUGAGCAAUGGGCCAAAGACCCCGCAAACAACGCUCUUUACAACGAGGUUCAGCAAUGUUUGAGGGAAUGGACCUUAGAGAACAAACUUGCCUCUUGUUUUACACAAGGGAUGUUGUUGAAAGUGCCCAAGGCAAAAGUUAGUAGUGGGAAGGUAACGUUCGCUUCCAGGGCGCUCCGAUUGCAGAAUUACCCUUACAUAGACGAAGAGAGACAGUCACUAUUGACCAAAAAUAAGCAAGUCAUGAAAGGUGUAAAUGGAAGCCCUUAUAAUUGUCUCUGCUUCUGCGAAGUGGUGGGAAGCAGAGUCGAUCUUCCCGUAACCAAACUUUUACCAUUUACUGGAAACUUAGCAGGGCCUAGUAAAGGCACAAGUGGUGAGUAUCUUGGAACUUUCAUACUCGACCGCCGCCUUGUCUUCGGACAAACCCAGCUGUUAUCGCCACUACAAGAUCUUUGUGUUGCAAUGCAGACCAUACCGUUCGAGCCUGAGGCAAGGAUUGGUGGAAGUUAUCUAACUUCUGGCCGACGACUUCGCGUGGUUGGUAACACGGCAGAUUUGACAGCUGGUAAACCAUAUCGUUGGGAACAAUUAAAAGAUGACACUGGGGCGAGUACCCGUAUGUUGGCGGGCAUUGCAGGAAGAAAGACGAGAACUACGUCUAUGGCGAAGAUAACAUUAGAAGCUGGACCACAAAUGACAGCUCUCAAGAUAAGUGGCGAAUAUGGCUAUACCUGUCGGACCGAAUACUCAAGCCUUGUUAUUAGCGAUAUCGCUUCAUGGACAGUCACUAUUAGUGUGAGAGGCUCUCAAGAUACUGUGGGUAAUCUAGCAGUCUUAAACAGCCCCAAAGCUAUCUUGGAAGGAUGUACAAUAGAGAAAGACCCAUACACCGGACUUGAUAUUAUCAUACCCAAUGACUUCUCUACCAAUCUUACGGGAACCCCAUCAGAUCCAAAAUGGGUUCUGAUACGGUCAGCAAUGAAAGUCAACAUUGGCAGAGCUUUAUCGAAACUAUCUAGCGACUUAAAAUUUCUCCAGGGUAUCAAUAAGUUCAUGUAUGGAGGGAAUGGCGAGUUUAUAUUCGGACCCACCAUGCUCAACGAAGAUCUGGGUGCAUUUGCGACUAUCAACUUCUCUCCAGAAGAAAGUCGAGUUGAUUGGCCUACUCUGGAAACGAAGGGCGCUGGCGACAACAUUUGCGCAGAAAAAUAUACUUCCGACACCUCUGUGACAACCCUGCACCCGCGUCUAAACUGGACAUCUCCUGUUAAUGCAUAUAACUCCGCCGCGCAAACCAUCGAUCUCACCUUGACUUUUUCGAAUAGCUCCAAUGAUGGAAUAGCUUUUAAGUCUAUUGCCGUCGUUUGCCUCAAAAUGAAAGGAUUAGAAGGUAAAACAUUGUUUGACACGGGCCUGGACCACUGGAACGUGAAGGAAUCCAGCGUUCAGUCUGUCAAGCCUUGGUCAUUUACGACUGAAAAGAUGAGCCAAACACUCGAUUUGAGGGCAAGUAUUAUCGAUGCCGGGCUCCAAUUAAACAUUCUCCCUGCUGUCCUCGGUACUGCACACGAUGGCACAAAUUUACCUUCUAAGUUUAUAGUACCUUCAAAGGGCUCUUUCACAUUGAAACUGAAGGGACCGGUUCACACGAAAUCGGGUGCUGGCCUUUAUGUCUUGCAACUAGAUGAAGUGUGGGCAGGUAUUAGGGCAAUCAAACCUAUGGAAGGACGCGCGACUACGUUUUUGGUGUUGGAAUUGAAAGCGGAUAGCCAAAAUCCAACUCCCUAUACUGUUACUCAAGCGGAGGCUGAUGAGAAACGAGGAGUCUCACACGAUUGA